AGUGACAUCACGUGCGCCUCCCACCAUAAAAGGUGUCGAAUCGGCGUCAGGACGGACGGACAAGCGCGACGGGCCCGCGAGGAGGCGUCCGCACGCUCAGCAUGGACGCCUCUCACCCGUAAUUGCGCAUCGUGUCGACAUGGACGGCAACCUGGCGGCCGUGUGCGUGGUUCUGCUCGUGUCAGUCGGCCUGCUGACGGAGCGCGUCGGUUGUCAGCAUUACUUCCUGCUGCGGCCGGUGCCUAGCGACAGUCUCCCGCUCGUGGACUUGCGGGAGGACCCGGACCCCGCGCUGGACCCCCGGGAGCGCGACCUCAACGAGACAGAGCUGCGCGGAAUCCUCGGGGACUUUGACAGCCGCUUUCUGGCGCUGUCGCGGCCGCCGCCCCCCGCCUCAGAAGAGGCGCAGGCUAAAUCGGCCGAGCUGCCGGAGGUGGAUGAUGAGAUGCGGCAGAGGCUGCCCAAGGAGAUCCGCGCGCUGGACUUGGACGCGCAGAUGCUGGGGCGGCGGCACAAGGGCGGCAAGAAGCUAAAGCGGCGCUUGCAGCAGUGGCUGUGGGCGUACUCCUUCUGCCCGGUGCUGCACUCCUGGACCGACCUGGGCGCGCGCUUCUGGCCGCGCUAUGUGCGGGUGGGGAGCUGUCCGGCCAAGCGUUCGUGCUCGCUGCCGGAGGGGAUGACGUGCAAACCUGCCGCGUCCGUGCACCUCACCGUGCUCAGGUGGAGAUGCGCGCACAGGAAGGCGGGACUCAAGUGCGCCUGGAUCCCUGUGCGCUACCCCGUCAUCACCGACUGCAAGUGCGCGUGCGCCACAUAAACCGAAUAUUUGAAUGGACGCCACACCAUUAUUUCCCUUCAUGGGGGGGAAAAAGUCAUCAUGUUUAGCGCAAGGUGACUUGCUGCCAUAUUAUGUGGAACAAGUUUGGUGACCUAUAUGCACAUACCGUGUAUCACUCAGCAUUAUUUGUAACCAGAGUGCGGAUGCUCGCCUGGAAAUUGUCAGAGGUGCAUUGUGGAUGACGAGUGUGCAUCUUGUAAAUUAAGAACUUUUUUUUU